AUGGUUUCUCCUCUUGUUCUUACGCAUUUCUACACCUGUAAUGGGAAGGAGAGAGAGAACGUACCGACCCAACUCCAGCUGGUGAACGGAAGGCACAGAUGCGAAGGUCGUGUUGAGCUCUAUUACGAAGGACGGUUGGGGACAGUUUGUGAUGAUUCAUGGGACCUUUCCGACGCCCAGGUUGUGUGCAGCCAGCUGGGAUGUGGCCAGGCCAUUGCAGCUCCAGGAAGCGCUUACUUUGGGCGAGGCUCAGGCAACAUCCUGCUGGACGAUGUGAUGUGCAGAGGAAACGAGGUCUCCUUGUGGGACUGUGGUCACUCCGGAUGGGGGAGGCACAACUGUGACCACUAUGAAGAUGCUGGUGUUGUCUGUUCAGACCUGAUUGCACUGGAAGGAGUCUCCCAUCCCUGGGCCACUCCAGUAAGGCCAUUCCUGGCACCCAAGUCCACAGUGAGGAUGCAAACGGAGUAUGGAGAAGAGCUGGUAAACUGGGGAGAUGAAGCUUGGGGCCAAGAACAAACUGAUCUCAGCCUGCGGCUCACUGGUGGGAGCAAUGGCUGUGAGGUCCAUGUGGAGGUGUUCUACGGCAGCAGGUGGGGGAUGGUGUGCGACGACUUGUGGGACCUGAGUGAUGCCCAGGUGGUGUGCUGA